UUGACAAAUCAAGCAUUCCAGUUACCGCAACACAAACAAAAUGUAUCAGUGCAAGACAAUCGGUUUACUGGCACUCCAGUUGGCUCUAGUCGCUAUCGUCAGUGGCCGAAUUAUAACAAAGGACGAGAAUGAAGUUAUUUAUCCGCCACAAACAAAUCCACGCAUUGUCGGUGGCGUAGCAGCACCCGAUGGACUGGCACCCUAUCAAAUUUCCAUGCAGAAUUUGCGCGGUCGUCACUUCUGUGGCGGUGCCAUCAUCGACGAGCGCUGGAUCAUCACCGCCUCACAUUGUGUGUCUGGUGCAACUGCCACGAAAAUACAAAUCCUCACUGGUGCACAAAAUCUGAAGAACAACACUGGCAAAAUCUACUAUCCCGACCGCAUUGUCAUGCACUCGAACUACAAUCAUCCACCGUACGCCAACGAUAUUGCGCUCUUGCAUCUGAACGACUCCAUCGUCUACGAUGAACACACACAGGCAGUGAAGUAUGCUUACGAGCCGCUAAAGAAGGACGAUGAGCUGGUGCUUACCGGUUGGGGUUCCAUGGCUUUGGGUGGCUCCACACCGGAUGUUCUACAAACACUGACUGUCCGCGUGGUGCCAUAUGAGGAGUGCCGCGCUGCACACACUGACAACCUGUCGAGCUACGUGGAUGUGGGUCACUUGUGCACCUUCAAUGAUAACGGUAAAGGUGCUUGUCAUGGCGAUUCAGGUGGUCCGCUGGUGCACAACGGCACUUUAGUCGCUUUGGUGAAUUGGGGAUUGCCCUGCGCCAAGGGUUAUCCUGAUGUGCAUGCCAGUGUGGCUUACUAUCACGAUUUCAUACGUACUCAUCUGUCCACACCUGCAGAGGGAGAAGCUACUGAGAUUUGAGCAUUGAGGCAAGGAAACAAGUGGAAAUGAAAAAAAUUAUUGAAAUACACAAAAAAAAGAAUAGAAUCAU